AUGGCUGAUUUAAAACCCCAGAAUAUCAACUGGCGGGCGAGUGCCAAUCGGCAAGAGCACCACACAGACUCUUACAACAGCCAGGAGCUCGUCUUACGGCGAGGUCAACCGUUCACUUUCUCCUUGACCCUCAACCGGGCUCUUAUAUCUGGAGAACGUCUGGGGUUCAUAGCCUCCACAGGACCCUCCCCGUCAGAGUCAGCCAAAACGAAGGCUGUGUUUUCACUCUCCAACGGGACGAGCAGUGGCAGCUGGUAUGCACAGCUCCUGUCCCAGAGGGAGAACACUCUGAACAUCUCCAUCUCCAGUCCUGCCAAUGCGCCCAUCGGAUGGUACACGCUGAGCCUUCAGAAUGGCAACGGCAUCACUCAGAAGCUUGGGAUGAUAAUACUGCUCUUUAACCCCUGGUCGCAAGCGGAUAGUGUCUUUAUGAAUAACCAAGCUGAGAGAGGGGAGUACGUUCUGGAAGAUUCUGGCUCCAUAUUUGUGGGAAGCACAAAUCGAAUUAGCAUGGUUGGCUGGAACUUCGGACAGUUUGAAGGAGACAUUCUGAACAUCUGCCUCGCGAUCCUGGAUAAAAGUCUAAAUUUCCGCCGUGACCCUGCUACCGACACAGCCCGCAGAGGUGACCCCAAAUAUGUCGGCCGGGUGCUGAGUGCCAUGGUCAAUAGCAAUGAUGACAACGGCGUGAUAGCUGGGAACUGGAGUGGCAGCUACACCGGGGGCCGGGACCCCAGGAACUGGAACGGCAGCGUGGAGAUUCUCAAGGAGUGGAAGAAAUCUGGCUUCAGGCCAGUCCGGUUCGGCCAGUGCUGGGUCUUUGCUGGGACCCUCAACACAGUGCUGCGGUGUUUGGGGAUUCCCGCCCGCGUGAUCACCAACUUCAACUCAGCUCAUGACACAGACAGAAACCUCAGCGUGGAUGUGUACUACGACCCCAUGGGAAACCCCCUGGACAAAGGCAGUGACAGUGUUUGGAAUUUCCACGUCUGGAAUGAAGCCUGGUUUGUGCGGAAUGACCUGGGCCCCUCGUACAAUGGAUGGCAGGUUCUGGACGCCACUCCCCAGGAGAGGAGUCAAGGGGUGUUCCAGUGCGGCCCCGCCUCGGUGGCGGCUAUCCGAGAGGGCGACGUGAACCUGGACUUCGACAUGCCCUUCAUCUUUGCGGAGGUGAACGCCGACCGCAUCACCUGGAUCUACGACGCCCGCCGCAACUCCCAGAAGAAGAAUUCCUCGGACACCAACACCAUCGGCAGGUACAUCAGCACGAAGGCGGUGGGCAGCUACUCCCGCAUGGACGUCACCGAGAAGUACAAGUUCCCAGAAGGUUCAAGCCAGGAAAGGCAAGUGUUUGAGAAGGCCGUGGGGAAACUGAAACCCAGUAGAACAUUCGGCCCAACGUCUGCCACAGACGUCGAAAGAGACGAACGGGAGCCCAGCAUCUCCGGGGUGUUCAAGGUCAUGGGCAUCUUGGCGGUGGGCAAAGAAGUCAACCUGGCCCUGACGCUCAAAAACCUGACAAGGGACAUGAAGACGGUGACGGUGAACAUGACGGCCUGGACCAUCGUCUACAACGGCACGCUCGUCCACGAGGUGUGGAAGGACUCGGUCACCAUCACUCUGGACCCUGAGGAAGAAGUGCAGCAUCCUGUGAAGAUCACCUACGCUCAGUACGAGAAGUACCUGAAGGCGGACAACAUGAUCCGGACCACAGCCGUGUGCCAGGCCGCUGAUGAGGCCGAGGUGGUGGUGGCGAGGGACAUCAUCCUGGACAACCCCACCCUGACCCUGGAGCUGCUGGACCAGGCCCACGUGCGGAAGCCCGUGAACGUGCAGAUGCUUUUCUCCAACCCACUGGACGAGCCGGUGAAGAACUGCGUGCUGAUGGUGGAGGGGAGCGGCCUGCUGCUGGGCAGCCUCAAGAUCGACGUGCCGACCCUGCGCCCCAAGGAGCGGUCCCGGGUACGUUUCGAGAUCAUGCCCACCCGGAGUGGCACCAAGCAGCUGGUCGCUGACUUCUCCUGCGACAGGUUCCCCGCGAUCAAGGCCAUGCUGUCUGUUGACGUGGCCAAGUGA